AUGACACUUAAUUCAUCUAGUAAGACAACAGCGACGACAGAAAUUAGAAGAAACGGUAUUAAUACGCAAAAUUGCUCAUCAAUCUUUAACGAACAGGAUCAUUUACCUCUUUCACAUGUACAAGAAAAGUUAAAAGGCGACGACGCUCCUUUGGUAGAAAAUGUCGACAGCUUUUUAAUUAAACCAAUACAAUCUAGACACUACACCUACUUUUGUGAUUACAAGUGUAAUACUAUCGAUAAUAUUGGAGAAGGUUCUACUCAAGGAACCACUCAAGAGACCGAGAAUUCUUCCUCUGAAAAUCAAUUUGAAAUGAAGCAGAAAAGGAUAGUUCAAAAAGAUAAUUCAAAAGAAGAACCAAUGGUUUUCAUGAAUGCUCGAGAGAAUAGAAUCGAAUCAAUAACGGAAGCCGAAGAAAAGGAUAACACCGUUUCUAACGUUACUAUUGAAACCACUCUUCGGAAUAAAAGAUCAGAUAAUUUAUUACGUGAUUCCGGCUAUGGUGAAAAAGCAAC